GAGAAUAAAAUGAGCUCGUUCCUGAUGAAUCCAUCCGCCGGCGGUGGAUAUCAUCACCACCAUCACCACCAACACCAGCACCAGGCGGCCACCAGCCACCAUUUGGCGGCCACCUCGGUCAUGGUUGACCCAAAGUUCCCACCCAGCGAGGAGUACAGCCAAAGUAAUUACAUACCGUCCACGGGGGCCGACUUCUUCCCACCGGCCACCGGUGGUGGCCACCACCUGAACCACCCGCAAUCCCAUCAAUUGCAAUACGGCUAUCACCAGCACCACCACCAGGCAGCCUCCACCCCGUACGGCGCCUCCUCGGCCGUCCAGUUGAACGGCGGUUACGCGGGAUACGGCGGCUACUACGGGCCCCAUCAUCCCCAUCACCAGGUGCACGCCGUGCACCACGCUAGCUUGCAUCCUCAUCACCACGCGGUGGGCGCCCUGGCGAUGCCGCCCGAGGCGCAGCAGCCACCUCUCACCUGUCCAUCCUCGAUGCAGCAACAGCAGCAGCAACAGCAGAACCAGCAACAGCAACAACCGCCCGUCUCCGCGUCAACCGUGCUCGGCUCCACCCCGUUGUCGCCCACCGGCAUCAUGCAGAAUCACGUGCAGCCGCCGGACGGCCUCCAGCAUCACCAGCAACCGAGCCAGCAAUCGGCACACGAGGGAACCGCGUGCAGCCCGCCGAGCUCCGGCCAGCUUCAUCGCGACAAUUCGCCCGAUCUGCAACCGACGACCGCCGGCCAGCAGCAGCAGCAGCAGCAACAACAACAGAGCCAGCAACAAUCGCAGCAGCAACAACAUCACAACGUGGUGGACGAUGGAUCCGAUCAGGACGACGUGGAGGACGAUCAGAUGAUGGACGGGUCGCCUGGGAUGAUGGAGGAGGAGGAGGAGGACGAGGAGAGCGGGGACCGCGUGAUUUAUCCGUGGAUGAAGAAGAUUCACGUAGCCGGUGUCGCGAACGGCUCGUACCAGCCCGGGAUGGAGCCUAAAAGGCAGAGGACCGCGUACACGAGGCACCAGAUCCUCGAGCUCGAGAAGGAAUUCCAUUACAAUAGGUACCUGACGAGACGGCGACGGAUCGAGAUCGCUCACACCCUGGUCCUGUCCGAGCGGCAGAUCAAGAUCUGGUUCCAGAACCGUCGGAUGAAGUGGAAGAAGGACAACAAGCUGCCCAACACGAAGAACGUGAGGCGAAAGAACGGCGGCCAGCCGGCGCCCGCCGCCGCCGCCGCCGCCAAAUCGUCCAAGGGGGGCUCGGGCCCCUCGAGCAGGCCCAAACAACUGUCCAACAACAACAGCCAGACCAGGAAGAACAACAACAACUCGCCCUCGAUGGCGGAAACCGGGAUGGACUCGUCGCAGCAGCAGCAGCAGCAGCUGGGCCUCGCGGACCCAUUGGGCCCCGACGUGCACGCCGCUCUUCCGCAUACGAGCGUCGUCCACCCGAGCUUCCAAGGCCACCCGCACCCCCUCGCCCAUCUCCAGGCCCAGCUUAGUCAUCACCACGUGACCGGGAUGAUGGAGGGGCCCCCGUUGGGCCACAUCGGCUCCGGAAGCAUCAGCCCCCUCGCCCCGGCCACCAGCCCCUCCUCGGCCCUCCAGGUCUCGGCGCCCAUCCACCCGCCCCCGAUCAAGUCCGACUACGGCCUCACCGCCCUGUAACAUCCGCCCCCGGACAACAGGAUUCUUCGCGUU